AUGCCACCAGAGAAACACGGAUGGUUUCUCACUCCGGGAACUGGCCCAUUUCAUCUCUCUUUCGAUCUGCCAAAGGACUUCAUUGCAUCGGAGGACUGGAGGCUAUCCAUUCCCAGAUAUCAUGAGGCUCUCUGCCUUCUGCAUGCCCUCCAUGUGAGACACGGGGUUGUGGGCCAUGCCGUGGUUGCCUUGCACCAUAAGACUGUCAACGGCAAAGAUCGUGUGGUGAAGACCUUAGCCUGGCUAGACAGAUUUCAUGCAGAGCGCUACAGAGAGGUUUUGGAGUUCAUUGAGUACAAAGGGGUUGACAAUCUACUGAAGGCAUUGCACAAAAAGUACUUCGUUGUGGGAGACGAUGAGCUCUCUGUGCACGGAUUACUCCACCGACCUUUACAAUCUGAGACCGAUAUCAUGACACUCAGGAAUAUGAAGCAUCACUCCCUUGCUGACCGUGUCUUAUCUUGCAUGCCAGUUACCAAUAGAGUUGGGGUUUCUAUCUGGGAGGAAACAUCACUUGUGCAGAUUUUUGACGCAUUGGUGGAAAUCAUCGAGCAAAUUGAACACAUGGAGGAUAUAGGCUUAUACCACGGGGAUGUCAGUGAAGGGAACAUUUUUACUGGCACUCAUGACGGAAAGAACAAGGCAUGGUUGGGCGAUUUUGAAUUUGAGUGUGUUGACAGAUCGGACGGAGAUGAUACUGGGAAAGCCAAGCUAUCUACACACUCACAAUCUAGCGUAGAUGAUUUAGAGUCUCUGAUGUGGGUACUGCUCUGGUUCUUCUAUCACACCUGUCCACAUGAGAACGAAUGGGGAUGGACUCGCCUUCUGUACAACAUGAAUUUUGUCUCCCACACUUCUCCACCUCCUUCCAUGGAGGCCGAUGGAAAGUGCCUCAAGUUGAGACCAGGUUCCAGGUUAUUGGUGCAGGGGCAAGAUCCAUAG